AUGUCGAAAACUCCAUCAUCAAUAUCAGUUAUUGUUACUGGUCUACCAAGAACCGGAACGACCAGUAUGAAAAAGGCAUUGGAAAUAAUUUACAAUCAACCUUGUUAUCAUGGUUAUGAACUUGUGACCAGAAAACAAUGUGACAUUGCUAAAUGGCAAAUGCUUAUCGAUGAAGUUCGAACAACACGUUGCGAGGAGAAGAUACAUGAAUGUUUGAGUGAAAUGUUGGUUGGCUACCGAUCUGUGGGUAAUAUCCAAGUGUGUUGGUUAUACAAGGAAUUGAUGACUUUAUACCCUGAUGCAAAAGUUGUACUAACGGUUCGCGAUAAAAACGAUUGGUUGGCUAGUUUCCGACAAGUGGUCAUGCCUAAAUCAGAUGAUCCACGUAAAAUACAAAUGGAUGAAGCGAAAAGACGUGCAAGAAUCCCUGUUGAAUUUGACAAACUUCUUAUUGAUUCAUUGAAACUAGCAUUUCAGAAGGAAGAUAUUGAUUUUGAUGAUGAUGCAAUGUUACUUGAAUGUUACGAAAAACAUAACAAAACUCUUCAGGAAAAUAUACCAUCUGAACGUCUUUUGGUAUAUCAUAUUGGAGAUGGUUGGGAACCACUGUGUAGAUUCUUGAAUGUGGAUGUGCCAGCUAAUAUACCAUUUCCCGAGACCAAUCAUCACGCUGACUUGCAAAAGCUAAGGGAAUUGACGAAGAAAUUAGGAUCGAUUGAAGAAGUCGCUAGAAUUCAUCCAGGAAUUGUAUAAAACUGAAGUAUACACAGA